GUGCGGAACCGCCUGGGUGCGGGCGCCGCUGCUCUGUGCGUCCCGGCGCGGGCUGUGAGACCUUGGGGCCCGUGGCUGCCGAGCGGAGGGCGCGUGCUGAUGCGCUCCAGGUCCUCCGGGCGACGUGGACACGCCUGGUGUGGCGGGCCCGGCCCUACGCGGGGAAUCACGGAUGUCGUGGGCACCGAGUAGCACACGUGCUCUGGCCGGGGUCCGAGACCCGGGACCGCACGGAAAGUUUGGAGCUUGGCUGGGAACGGGACGCCAAGUUUGCCUCUCUUCCCGUUGAAGGCUGAAAGAUGCCAAGGAAAGUAAAGCCAGCAGAGAAUGGAAAGGAAGAGGGAAGGCCCUAUAAACAAGCAAAGGUGGAGGCAGCUGGUGGGCCUUCCAUCUUAAACUUUGCCAACCCCAGUAGUCUCUUUGAAAGUUUAAUCUCACCCAUCAAGACAGAGACUUUUUUCAAGGAAUUCUGGGAGCAGAAGCCUCUUUUCAUACAGAGGAAUGACCCUGUAGUGGCCGCAUAUUACCAGUCCCUGUUCAGACUAACAGAUCUGAAGAGUUUUUGUAACCGUGGUAUGUACUAUGGAAGAGACCUGAAUGUCUGCCGGUGUGUCAAUGGGAAGAAGAAGGUUUUAAAUAAAGAUGGCAGAGCACACUUUCUUCAACUGAGAAAAGAUUUUGAUCAGAAAAGGGCAACAAUUCAGUUUCACCAACCACAGAGAUUUAAGGAUGAACUUUGGAGGAUCCAGGAGAAGCUGGAAUGUUACUUUGGCUCCUUGGUUGGCUCAAAUGUGUACAUAACCCCUGCAGGCUCUCAGGGUCUCCCUCCACAUUAUGAUGAUGUUGAGGUUUUUAUCCUGCAGCUGGAGGGAGAGAAGCACUGGCGCCUCUACACGCCCACAGUGGCCCUGGCACGAGAGUACAGCAUAGAGAAUGAGGCCCGAAUCGGCACACCGACACACGAAUUCACAUUGAAGCCAGGUGAUUUGUUAUACUUUCCCAGAGGGACCAUCCAUCAGGCGGACACUCCUGCGGGGCUGGCCCAUUCUACUCACGUGACCAUCAGCACCUACCAGAAUAAUUCAUGGGGCGAUUUCCUUUUGGACACUAUUUCGGGGCUUGUGUUUGAAACUGCAAAGGAAAAUGUGGAGUUACGGACUGGAAUAUCUCGGCAGCUGCUCAUGCAGGUGGAAACCACAACUGUUGCAAGAAGAAGAUUAAGUGGCUUUUUGAGGACUCUUGCAGACCGGCUGGAGGGCACCAAAGAACUGCUGUCAUCAGACAUGAAGAAGGAUUUUGUUAUGCACAGACUCCCUCCUUACUAUGUGGGAGAUGGAACAGAACUAUUGACACCAGGUGGAAAGUUACCAAGGUUGGACAGCAGAGUGGGACUGCAGUUUAAAGACCACAUCGUCCUCACAGUAGGGCCAGAUCAGGAUCAGUCUGAUGAAUCUCGAGAAAAGGUGGUUUACCUCUAUCAUUCUCUAAAGAAUAAGAGAGAGACCCACAUGAUGGGAAAUGAGGAGGAAAUAGAGUUUCAUGGACUUCGUUUUCCUUUAUCACAUGUGGAUGCACUGAAGCAAAUUUGGAACAAUUCAGCUAUUUCUGUUAAAGACCUGAAACUUACCACAGAUGAAGAAAAGGAGAGCCUUGUAUUAUCCCUCUGGACAGAAUGUUUAAUCCAAGUAGUGUAGUGCCAUUACAAAAUCAAAUAAGUACUUUAUAUGCACAUUUUUUUUAAAGGAUGAUUUAAGUUUGAGGUAGCUCGUGUUUUUCUGAGUCAACACUCUGGGUAGAAAGAAUAUUAAUGUACCUGAACUAAGGAGAAAAUGGCAUCUUUCCUUACCUGCAUAUCUACUCUAAAAAGCACCUGUACUAAUGGGCAUGUGGAAGAAAAAACAGGUGUCCCAAAGUGUGACAUACCAUACUUUUGAUGAGUUUAUUUAAUCCAAUGUGAUAGGAAAGACGUAACUCAAAUAAAUGUAUUGUGUCGAAUUAAAUAUUAUUAACCUAGCUUUGUCUUUGUUCUUUGGAAGUAACAUUCUUUAAAGAGCCUUCUUGGCUCCAAAAAAAAUUUUUUUUAAACAAUUAACAUGAAGAAAGUUGGUUUUUUACAAUGCAAACAUACAUACCUUUGUGUAUACAAUCCCCC